AUGAACAUAAUCUCUGAAAGCCUAAGUCAAAGGCUUCAUUUAGCAAAGCAGAAGGGCAAUACCGUUUUAUCCGGGAUUGGGUGUAGCCAGGCCAGUACAUUAGGAUCGACACGAGCCUUUAUACAUUCAACAGUUAAUGAGUUUAAGGUUGAGUUAUCUUUUAUAAUUAUGAAUUGCAUAACCGAGCCUAUGCCAUCGAUAAAGAUAGAUAAGGAUGCAUUGAAGAUACCCGAAAACGUUCAAGUAGCAGAUACAUUCUUCGAUAAACCAAGAGAGGUGGAUAUCUUAUUAGGAGGUAAUGCACCGAUAUCACACAGCAAGGAAGAAUCAAGUAGAAUCGUACUUAAGGCAACUGUUCAGGAGCCCAAAAUAGAGCAACAGUUGAAACGUUUUUGGGAGUUGGAGGAAUGUGUUCCGACAACUUAUUUCACACCAGAGGAAAUACAAUGCGAGAAAGAGUUCGAGGAUACUUAUCAGAGAGAUUCUACAGGGAAAUUUAUUGUCAAACUUUUGUUUCAAGAAGACCCUACUCAAUUAGAAGAAUCUCGAGAAGCAGCUGUCAAACGUUUGCAUGCCGUAUACAAACGUUUAGACUCCAACCCAGAACUGAAGGAACAAUACAGCGCGUGCCUCCGAGAGUAUUUGACGUUAGGCCAUAUGACCAAGAGCAAUGAAGAGAUCGAUCGAACAAGUCACUAA